AUGUUCACAACGCUCGGCUUGUUUGGGGAUGUACCCUGUCCCAAGGGCCAGCAAUGCGCUCUUUUGACAUGCCUAUUCUCUCACAAGGACCACCAGCCGCGAAUAUUAGAAAAGAGAGCGCCUGAGAAAUCUCUCGCACCCGUGGCCGAUGGUCAACAGGUCUCCAAAAGGGCCCGGCUGGGAACAACUCGCCAGGCUGUCUCACAAGCAGCCGAGUCAUCAAAUCCAUCUCUCCUCGGGGAUACACCAAAUCUACCAGUGCCAAGAGAGCAGCCUGAACGAUCCAGUCAUGACAACCCCAUACUACAAUCAGUCACUCGCCAGGUCUCGCCACCACCAUCAGCACGUACAGCGUCGAAGCCAUUGGAGACUAACACUGGUCCCUCUCCUGCUCCUUUACCAGCAGCCCUUCCUCCCAGGAAGGCUCCGAAGGAAAGCCUGAACCCUCGAAUGCUCACCAAAAAGGCACCAGCAACACAUACCGUUCGAUCCGCUAUAUUGAAGAAGCUGCAUUCGGCCAUGUCGGGCCAAAAUGAGAAGGCGGCAAAUGACAAAGACCGUUCGAAGCAGUGCUUUGUUUUGACGCCGGACGAGCUCGUCACGAUGGCACUCGACGAAGAGGAAAAGACCGCGCGCGAUAACCCCGAGGUUUAUUCCAACGUCAUCAAACUGCGCAUUGUGAAAUUGACCAAGAUGGGCCAGGAGGACUGGAUCAAGGAGGUUAUAGCCCAUCUGAAUACGCGGUACUACAAAAUACAGCCGAUUGAGCCAUCGCCUCAGAAAGCAGAGCCGCUCGACACCGGGCUAAGCCGCAAAGAAGAGAUUGCAAUUGCACUCAAACUGGUGACGCCGCUCAACGGGCUUGAAGAGUUUGGAUAUGUCACGAAAGCACCCACCAAGACCGAGAUUGAAACUUCCAAGAAGGGCGUCGUCGAGUCCAAGGGAUGGGAGAAGUGUGAUCGAUGCGGCGGACGGUUUCAGGUCUUCCCCGGCCGCCGAGAGGAUGGCGCCUUGGCCAGCGGUGGGCAGUGUACCUACCACCCCGGCAAGCCGAUCUACCCUCCUCGCAAACAGACCGACCACAUCACCGGCUCCUCGGAAGCAUAUUUCCCCUGCUGCAGUGAAACCAUGGGGACCUCACCCGGGUGCACCAAGGCCAACACGCACGUGUUCAAGGUGUCCGAAGCAAAACGACUUGCCUCGAUCCUUCAGUUCGAGACCACGCCGCCACAGCCUGAGAAAGGCACUCUGGACCCAGUCUGCUUCGACUGCGAAAUGGGCUACACCACACUGGGCCUCGAGCUCAUCCGGCUGACGGCCAUCAGCUGGCCUGACGGCCACGAGCUGCUCGAUGUCCUCGUCAAGCCGAUGGGCGAAGUGCUCGAUCUCAACUCGCGCUACUCUGGCGUCUUUCCGGAACACUACGCCUCUGCUAUACCCUACACCCCAGCCCGCAGCUCCUCCGUCGAGAAGACAAGCAAGACCCCCACCACACCCUUGCAGGUAGUCGAAUCGCCCGCCGCAGCACGAGCUCUACUAUUCCAGUUCCUUCAGCCCGAAACACCACUCCUCGGCCACGCCAUUGACAAUGAUCUCAACGUGUGUCGCAUCAUCCACCCCACCGUCAUCGACACCAUCCUCCUCUACCCGCACCCGCGAGGCCGUCUCCCCAAUCGCAUGAGUCUCAAGGCGUUGGCACGGAAGUUUCUCGGCCGCGAUAUCCAGACUGGUGGGGCGCGAGGGCAUGAUUCGAAGGAGGACUCGCUGGCCACCGGAGAUUUGGUGAGGGUCAAGGUGGCUGAGAGGUGGAAGCGCUUGAAGAAGGAGGGCUGGCACUUUGAGGAAGGUAGGAUGGUUGCGCCGGAGGCUGGUGCUGGACAGACGAGGAACAGCUAG